CCCGGUGUCCCCGUGAAAUCCGUCCGUCUCCCUUCUCCUGUCCGAAGAAGAGUGCAGGAGUUGUUUUUGUCAGGUUCAAAAUGUCAUCUCGGGUUUUGGUUGGUGUCAAGCGGGUUAUUGACUACGCAGUCAAGAUCCGGGUGAAGCCGGACCGGACAGGGGUUGUCACGGAUGGGGUGAAGCACUCCAUGAACCCGUUCUGUGAAAUCGCUGUGGAGGAGGCGGUGAGGCUGAAGGAGAAGAAGCUGGUGAACGAGGUCAUAGCCGUGAGCUGUGGGCCCCAGCAGGUUCAGGAAACCAUCCGCACAGCGCUGGCAAUGGGCGCUGACAGAGGGAUCCAUGUGGAGGUUUCUGGGAAGGAUUAUGACAACCUGGGGCCUCUGCAGGUCUCUAAGAUUCUGGCAGCUCUAGCGAAGAAAGAAAACGCUUCUCUAGUAGUACUUGGCAAGCAGGCAAUUGACGAUGACUGCAAUCAGACUGGACAGAUGACCGCUGCCCUGCUGGACUGGUCUCAGGGAACAUUUGCCUCCGAGGUGGUGUUGGAAGGGGACAUGCUGAAGGUCGUCCGCGAGAUCGAUGGCGGCUUGGAGACCAUUAAGAUCAAGAUGCCUGCCGUUGUGACUGCUGACCUGCGCCUCAACACGCCCCGCUAUGCCACCCUGCCAAAUAUCAUGAAAGCUAAGAAGAAGAAGAUCGACUGCCUGAAAGCGGCCGACCUGGGUGUGGAUCUGACAUCCCGCCUGGAGAUCCUGAGCGUGGAAGAGCCGUCCCAGAGACAAGCUGGAGUCAAGGUGGAGACGGUGGAGGAUCUAGUCACCAAGCUGAGGAAUGCCAGCAGGAUAUAGGCCACUGACAGGUGCAGUCUGCAGUCAGGAGCUCCUAUGGUGGGAACCCAGGAGGAGAGUAAAGGACGUUAUGUCAGACCAUUUCCUGCUGUUCCGCUGGGCAGAAUCCAGGAGCCCCUGUAAUUCCUUCCGGGCCAGCGACGCCCCUAAGAGAGAUGACAGCUGUUGAUAUCUUUUAACGGUGCAGCUCAAGAGCACCUAUAUCAGAGGAGCUCCUAGCUCUACACAAGCGCCUAAUUCUACCUUGAUUGUACAUUUAUCAAUGAUGAAAUAAACAGUUUGUUGGGUUUUUAAAGGCA